GUGUGCCGGCGGCCCCCGCAGGUCCCGGAUGUUGCGGGCAGUAUGAGGCGAGCGCGGGGGGACGGGGACCAGCCGCCGCCGCCGCUCUCAGCAUUUAGAGCAGUGCUUGACCAAUUGUCUCGUCUCUCGCUGUCGAGUCGUCGCCGACCCGUAGUGACUCCACGGACACGUCUCUCCCAGAGCGCCCCGUCUCCACCCGCCGCCGUUCUGGCAGCAGAUCCGUAGAUUUUUCUCGGUAAAAAUCCGGAAACGUUUGACCACUGCCGCCUUCCGUGCAGUCAACUGGAGUCUCCGGCCUCGACCGUCUCCCGCGCCGCUGCUGCCCAGCACGGAGUGAAGACGGAGCGGAGCGGAUUCUUUCCCUGAACCUGGACGGCCGGCCCCACCUCCAAGCUGGCGAUGUCAAGGGUGCCGAGCCCCCCGCCUCCGGCAGAGAUGUCCAGCGGGCCGGUCGCAGAGAGCUGGUGCUACACCCAGAUCAAAGUGGUGAAAUUCUCCUACAUGUGGACCAUCAAUAACUUCAGCUUCUGCCGGGAGGAAAUGGGCGAGGUCAUCAAGAGCUCGACGUUCUCGUCGGGAGCCAACGAUAAACUGAAAUGGUGUUUGCGCGUGAACCCGAAAGGGCUGGAUGAAGAAAGCAAAGAUUACCUGUCGCUCUACCUGCUGCUGGUCAGCUGCCCGAAGAGCGAGGUGCGAGCCAAGUUCAAAUUCUCCAUCCUCAAUGCCAAAGGAGAAGAGACCAAGGCCAUGGAGAGCCAGCGAGCCUACCGAUUCGUGCAGGGGAAAGACUGGGGGUUCAAGAAAUUUAUCCGUCGGGAUUUCCUCCUGGACGAGGCCAACGGGCUCCUUCCUGACGACAAGCUGACACUGUUUUGUGAGGUGAGCGUGGUGCAAGACUCGGUGAACAUCUCCGGCCAGAACACCAUGAACAUGGUCAAAGUGCCCGAGUGCCGCUUGGCGGACGAACUGGGAGGCCUCUGGGAGAACUCACGCUUCACCGACUGCUGCCUGUGCGUGGCCGGCCAGGAGUUCCAGGCGCACAAGGCCAUCCUGGCAGCCCGCUCUCCGGUCUUCAGCGCCAUGUUCGAGCAUGAGAUGGAAGAGAGCAAAAAGAACCGGGUGGAGAUCAACGACGUAGAGCCGGAGGUGUUCAAGGAGAUGAUGGGCUUCAUCUACACGGGGCGAGCCCCCAACCUGGACAAGAUGGCUGACGACCUGCUGGCAGCAGCCGACAAGUACGCCCUGGAGCGUUUAAAGGUGAUGUGUGAGGACGCCCUGUGCAGUAGCCUGUCAGUGGACAACGCCGCCGAGAUCCUCAUCCUGGCCGACCUGCACAGCGCCGACCAGCUCAAGACCCAGGCCGUGGACUUCAUCAACUACCACGCCUCCGACGUCAUGGAGACCUCCGGCUGGAAGUCGAUGGUGGGGUCCCAUCCCCACCUGGUAGCCGAGGCCUACCGCUCCCUGGCAUCGGCUCAGUGCCCCUUCCUGGGGCCCCCGCGCAAGCGCCUGAAGCAGUCGUAAGGCCGCGGGGGGAGGCGGCGGCCGCGGACCCCUCCCCGUGCCGGAAGCCGCCGCCAUCACCCCCGCUCCCCGGCCCCGGCCCACCGCCCCCCCCCGUGACACCCGCCCUCCGCGGGGGGUGGGGGGCGGCGGGCAGGCCGCUUCGUGACGUCCGGACUCGCCCGGGCCGGGAGCCAGGCCGCAGCGAAGGCCCGCGGCCGUGCAGCCUGGGUGGGACCCCACCCCGAGCCUGGACGGGGGUCCGCGGGCAGGGCCCGCCUCUGCCCUCGGCAUCCAGCCCCGUGCCAACCGGCUCGCUUUUCACGGCGCGGGACGGAGGCGGCGGCAGCAGCAGGAUGGAGGAGGAGAGGCCCACGGGCCUUCCCCACCAGGGAUUUUGCGAUGGAUUUCGGGAGCAUCCGGAGCAAAAGGAAAACCGGUUCGCGGCCUUCCCGCCGAGGUGGGGGUCGGGGGGGCGCCUGGCCCCCUCGUGAUGUUAGCACUUGUAUGUUACUGCAAAAAAAAAAAAAAUAGACAAAAAACAAAGCCCCUUAACCCUCUUUGGAGAAAUGGCCCGGAAGGCGGGCAAGACCGGAGAGUGGGGCCCCCAGCCGCCUCCGCGACGACGUCGUCUUCGUGGUCGUCACCUUCGGGAACUGGAAGACGAGGAAAUCCUUGCCCCGGUCGGACCACCUUGUACUGUCUUGACAAGAAGCGCACGGUUCUCCGUUUUUAGCUCUCGUGGAAAAUGUUUUUGGGCAUUUUUCCCCGCUUUUAUUUCCCCUUCCCUCUCCCCCCGUCCUUUUUUUUCCUUUAAAGAAAAAAAAAAAAAACCCAGAUGAAAUGGAGGAAAUUUUAUCUUUCUCCAUCGUCGAGUCGGACGGAUCCCGUGGCCGGUCGCCCCACGGUUCCCAUCGAUGGCUGAGGAGCCAGCUCUGCCCCGUUGCUGCCAGCCUCUCUGGACAGGAAGAACUUCCGAGU